GUGGUAGGGUGGUGGCUGGCCCAGCCGGGCCCCGCCUGCCCUCCGCCCUAGGCGCUGGGUUGGAGCCGGCCGGGCACUGCGGGGCAGGGCGAGCGCGGCGGCCCGGGGGCUCGGAGGCGAAGAUGGCGUCAGGCAGGCGUGCCCCGCGCACCGGGCUGCUGGAACUGCGCGCCGGGGCGGGCUCGGGGGCUGGAGGCGACCGGUGGCAGCGGGUGCUGCUCAGUCUAGAGGAGGACGCGCUGACCGUGAGCCCCGCCGACGGCGAGCCCGGCCCGGAGCCCGGUGCCCAGCGGGAGCCGGAGCCCGCGCAGCUGAACGGCGCCGCCGAACCGGGCGCCAAGUCCCCGCCGCUGCCGGAGGCGCUGCUGCUCCAGCGGCGCCGCGUGACGGUGCGCAAGGCCGACGCCGGCGGGCUGGGUAUCAGCAUUAAAGGGGGCCGAGAGAACAAGAUGCCUAUUCUCAUUUCCAAGAUCUUCAAGGGCCUGGCAGCCGACCAGACGGAGGCGCUCUUUGUAGGGGAUGCCAUCCUGUCCGUGAAUGGCGAAGACCUUUCCUCUGCCACCCACGAUGAGGCGGUGCAAGUCCUAAAGAAGACAGGCAAAGAGGUGGUGCUUGAGGUCAAGUACAUGAAAGAGGUCUCACCAUAUUUCAAGAACUCUGCCAGUGGGACCUCAGUUGGCUGGGACUCGCCUCCUGCCUCACCCCUUCAGCGGCAGCCUUCCUCCCCUGGCCUCCCACCCCGGGACCUCCGUGAUGCCAAACACAUGUCCUUGAAGAUGGCAUAUGUCUCGAGGAGGUGCACCCCCACUGACCCGGAGACCAGGUAUCUGGAGAUCUGUUCAGCAGAUGGCCGGGACACCCUUUUCCUGAGGGCUAAGGAUGAGGCUAGCGCCAGGUCGUGGGCAGCUGCCAUCCAAGCCCAGGUCAACGCUCUGGUGCCCUGGGUCAAGGACGAGCUGCAGGCGCUGCUGUCAGCCACCAGCACAGCCGGGAGCCAGGACAUCAAGCAGAUCGGCUGGCUGACUGAGCAGCUGCCCAGUGGGGGCACAGCACCCACCUUGGCCCUGCUGACCGAAAAGGAGCUGCUCCUCUACUGCUGUCUCCCCCAGACCCGUGAGGCCCUGAGCCGGCCAGCCCGUACUGCCCCGCUCAUCACCACCAGGCUGGUGCACUCAGGCCCCUCCAAGGGCUCCUUGUCCUACGAUGCAGAGCUCUCUUUUGCCCUGCGCACGGGUACGCGCCACGGUGUGGACACUCACCUGUUCAGCGUGGAGUCACCGCAGGAGCUGGCUGCCUGGACCCGCCAGCUGGUGGAUGGCUGUCACCGGGCUGCUGAGGGUGUGCAGGAGGUGUCGACAGGUGGGCUGGGUGGAUCUGGGAGUGCCUUUGUGCCUGCACAUGGAACGGCCGUCCCUGCAGCCUCUCUGUGCAUAUUGACAAAGGCUUCACACUGUGGGCGGCUGAGCCAGGUGCGGCCCAAGUUGUGCUGCUCCGACAACCCUUUGAGAAGCUGCAGAUGUCCUCGGACGAUGGUGCCAGUCUCCUUUUCCUGGACUUCGGGGGCGCUGAAGGAGAGAUUCAGCUGGACCUGCAUUCAUGCCCCAAAACUAUGGUCUUCAUCAUCCACUCCUUCCUCUCGGCCAAAGUCACCCGUCUGGGGCUCUUAGCCUAGAGGUCGUCAGAUGCAUUAGCCCUGAAGAGGGGGUGUCCACCACAUGGCCUGACCUGGCCCUCCGCUGAUUGCCUGCUUACCACUGGGCUGAGGGAAGGGAGAGGAAAGGAACAAGGAGGCAGAGACCCAGCCCCUGAGAGAGGCUGAGUCCCAGACUCAGGACACAGUGGAUCCUGCCAGUGAUGUGGUAGCCUCCCUGCUGCUCCCCCCACCCACACCAGUGCCUUUUGUGGAGAGAUAUUUUGUGUACGCAGAAGCCAUUCCGAGCCCGGGACCUGCCCCUCUGGGGAUCUUGACCCUAGCUGACAACUGCCAGGCCUCCUAAGGGCCCCUAAACUGUCCCCAGAGGCCCCACCUGAAGCUGGAGUUCCCUGGGGUCUGUGUCAAGAGAAAGAGGAGGAGCCUUUCUGUUCAUUUCUCCCAUCAGCUCUACCACCUUGAGGCAUCUGGUUUUUCUCUUCAUCCUCUCUCUCUCAUCCUUAGUCUCGGAUAAAUAAACAGCCUGUGAGUACA